AUGCCACUCUACUCAAAAUUCCUUAAAGACCCAUUGUCCAAGAAGGGCAAAUAUAUCCAUAGCGAUAAUAUUGUGGAGGAGGGAAACUGUAGUGUUGUUAUUCAGAGAAUCCUUCCACCUAAAUACUACGAUCCAGGGAGUGUCACAAUCCCUUGCUCUAUUGGUGCAGUGUCUGUUGGGGAAGCCCUCAUUGACUUGGGGGCCAACAUUAAUUUGAUGCCUUUCUCCAUGUACAGAAGGAUUGGAGAGCUGGAAAUCAUGCCAACAAGAAUGACAUUGCAGCUGGCAAACCGGUCUAUUACAAGGCCUUAUGGCGUGGUAGAAGAUGCUUUGGUCAAGGUGCGACAUUUUACCUUCCCUAUAGACUUCGUGAUCAUGGACAUUGAAGAGGAUGCUGAAAUCCCACUGAUUUUGGGUCGUCCCUUCAUGUUAACUGCCAAUUGUGUGGUAGAUAUGAAGAAAGGUAAUCUGGAAAUGAGCGUGGAUGAUAAGAAAGUUACAGUCAAUCUAUUUGAAGCCAUGAAGCACCCAAGGAACUAUAAGGCCUGUUUUAAAGUAGAAAAGGUGGAACAUGAGAUAGACAUGGUAGCUAGAACCAUGAAUUGUUUAGAAGAAUUAAAGGGUGUAGAGGAAAAUCCUUCUAAAAAAGUGGUGUUUGAAGAAUUGAAGAAGGACAUUCCAACAGAAAAGGCUAAAGUGGAGUUGAAAACCCUUAUUGAACAUCUGAAGUAUGUGUUCUUAGGAGAAAAUGAAGCAAAUCCGGUGAUCAUCAGCAAUUCUCUAAGAAAGGAGGAGGAAUCUCAACUGGUGAAGGUUUUGAAGAAACACAAGGCAGCCAUUGGAUGA